CGGGUUGGAAAUCUUUCCAUUCCGAACGAACCGAAUCCCGUCGCGGAGGUGCUGUGAUGUGAAGAAUGUGAUCUUUGGAGCGUGGAGUGGAGUCGUUUCCAGGGGCGGGUUAGCAAAAGUGCGUGUAAAAGACCCUCCACCGAUUGCUCUCGUGGUGCAAAAAUCCCGUGUCGUAACGCACCGUCGUGUCGUAGACGUAGCUACGACACACGAAGGUGGAGACAAGAAUUUCAAUUUCACCUGAUUCUUCACGCAAGGGAAAGCGCGUGUGUGUGUGUUUGCAAAGCAUUCAGCAUUCAUAAACAAAAAAAACCACAACGGUGCCUUUGGUGAAAACGAACGGUAGCAGCGAUAGUACAUUUAGAAAACAGUGCCACAAACAAUUGACCGUGAAUCAGAAGCAGCGAGAGCAAGCUUGAGUUUGUCGCCCACCUGACUCACAAGUGCCCAACCUGACUCCAACCGGUACAUAAUGCCGGUAAACAGCCGCCCCCCGUGGCUGAAGGAUCGUCUCGAGACGGUAAACAAAUCCGUACCGCCGGCCUGGGCUCGCAAAGCCAGCGUCACGCCCGCCACUGACACAAAGGAAUCGUCGCCCUCGUCCAAAGCGAGCGCAACGGAAAGCUCGUCGACAAAAGCUUCGUCACCAGCGGCCGCCACCACGGCCGUCAAGAAGCCGGCUGCCAGCAGUACCGUGCCGGCCAAAGAAAAUGGUGACACGGCGGCGGCAAAGCCCACAACGACGGCCAAGCUGCAGUCGAAAGAAAUUAAGGUGCCUGUUGUAGUGGCACAGAAAAAGCCCGUCAAUCCUCCGCUCACCAAACAGGCCGAACCGGCCACAGGGCUCAAAAACACGACACCCGUCAUGACGGUACACCGGGAGGUUGCAAAGCCGAAACCGAAACCCUUGGCCAAGGAACCAACACCCGAGUCCGACGACGAGGAAGAGGAUGAAGAGGAAGAGGAGGUAGAGGAAGAGGAGGAGGAAGAGGAAGAGGAAGAGGGAAGCACGGAGUACGAAACGGAAACGGAAUCCGAGGAAGAGCCGGCGCCACCGGUGAAGCCGGCACCGAAGAAGCCCGAACCGACGAGCACACUACUGAAGCGCCCAGAUGACGCAUCGUCGCAGCCACCACCGAAGCUGCCGGUGCAGCUGCGCAAAGUGACGCCAACGAGGAGCCCCGACAAGUCGGACAGCGAAAGCAAACCCUCCUCGAAGUCGGUGUCCGAGAAGUCGUCCUCGCCGGAGCCGAAACCAUUCAUCAGACCGCCGCUGAAGAAGGUGGUCCGACCGCAGCAAGAUCCACCGCCCAAGGAGCGAUCGGUAUCGCCCGAGCCGGCCAAAAACUUCCGCGUGCAGCUGCGCAAAGUGCCCUCCAAUCUGAAGGCGCCGCGCGUCAAGGAGAAGCUGCCCGAGGUGCAGCUGAAAAAGGUGGAGAAGCCGCUGCUGGAGGACAUACCGAAGAAGGAGGAAGCCUAUCCGCACAAACCGUCGAUGCUGAAAUCGGAAAGCAGUAAAAGAAUUCCGCCACCACCACCGAUGCCAAAGUCGAACAUACCGCCACCGCCUCCACCGCCGCCGAGCUUGAAGCCUCCGCCGGACUUUGAAAAGAAGGAAAUAUCCGACAAACAGAAGGAGGUGCUAGACAAGCUAAAACGUCGUCCGCGUCGACGUCCGGACUGGUCGGACAUGAUGAAGGAGGUUGAGCAGGGCAGAAAACUGAGACACGUUCAGUGUAAUGACAGAUCGCAUCCGAUCAUAAACUCCAAAUCGAUCACCAAGGUCAAGGAUCAGUUCAUCUUCGAGACGGAAAAGGCUACGGCACACAAUCAGCUGCUGAAGCAAAUCCAGGGCGGUGUGCAGCUGAAACCGACCAAGUGUAACGAUCGCAGCAAACCGAUCCUCGGCGGCCUGCGCAAGUUCCGCCGCCAGAUGACGCUCGAGGAGCAGCUGGCCAAGUCGGAGUCGCGCGCCAACCUCGAGGCGCCCCCGGCCGAGGAAGAGGAGCUGGACGAGCUGGACGACAUCGACAAGGUGCGGGACGAUCUGCAGAGCACCAAGCAGAUGCUUGCGCACGAGCUGCGCAACAACGAGGCGCUGGAGCGCGAAAACAAACGGCUCCAGGCGCGGGUACAGAACCUCGAGGCCGAGCUGUCCCGCGAGCGAUGGAACCCGCUGAGCGGCGAGGAACGGACCACCGUUACCGGUCCCCAGUCCGAUCUAAUACAGUCGCUCAAGGACGAAGCACUGGAGGCGCAGAAGCAGUCGCAGCAGCUGGAGGAAAAAUAUCAAACCGUGGCCAAGGAGCUGGCCACGGCCUACAAGCAGACGGAAGAGCAGAAGCGAAAGAUCGCCGAACUUGAGCGCAAACUCCAGUGCUUAACGGACGAUGACUUCUACUUGAACGAGCAUCAGGGCAUUACGGACGAUCGCAGAGCGACGGAGUCGGCCCAGAAGGAAAGCUCACCGGAGCUGCAGCCCGAGGAGGAGGAAGAGGAGGAGGAAGAGGAGGACGAGGAAAAGAAGGCUGAAAAGCUGGCCAAGCGGUUGAACCGCGAGGUCAACAUGCUGCAGGCCCGGCUCACGAGAUUGAAGGAGAAGCAGGAGGAAAAGCAUGCCGAACGGCAGGCGUUAAAGUAUGCCAUGAAAACCAACCAGUAUGCCCUCAAGGCUGAGAAGAAGAAGUAUAAGAAGCUUCAGAAGGAGGUGGAAAAAAUGGCCGCCAUGAUGAAGCUGGAGGAUGACGAUGAUGAAAAUGCCGAGGCCAAGGAACCACCGCCGGAGGAACCGGAAGACGAGCAGGAAGAGGAGGAAGAGGAGGAGGAGAGUGAAUCGGAGGAAUCGGAAUCGGAAAGCGAAAAUGAGAGUGAAAAUGAAGCAGAGGAUGCUCCGGAUGAUAAGAAGAAGAUCAACCUUGAACCACGAGUCAAACGGCACGAGGCUCGGCUGGCCUCGCUGAAGAAGGGCAACUACUUGCUGCAGGCCAACGUCGAUCGUAUUAAGGACGAGAUUAGCAAGGUGCGCGAGGAGUGCUGCACGCUGCAGACGGACCUGGACAACGUCAUAGCGGACUUGGGCUGAUGAUGGCGGUCCCUUCCUUCGACCCGUCGCCAUCCCCCCCGGGGGGUGUGCUACCGAUCCAAUCUUUACCGAAAUAGUAACACACAGGACACCAGCUACGUACGAGGGGCUGGUGCAAAUGUAUCGUUUCCUAGGUACAAUACGGAAACAGGGAGGGAGGAACGAGCCCCCUUCCGCUGGUUCCACCGGCGUUUAACAAAACCCGUGGCAGCGCUUACACAUAAUCAAAUGGACAAAAAAGCAUUCGCUUCUGAAAAUAUUAUUCGCAUCAGCCAACCUGCUGACCUGGGUGGCGCCGCACGUAAAUACAAGUAUUUUUGUACAUCGUUACUUUUGUAUACACACACACGCGCAUAAUAAACUUACCUUUAAUGUACGAUAGCUGA